AGAUAAAUACGUCAUAACUCUUUACCUUAAGUUCCCACUGAUCGUCAGAUUUUAACUUGAACACCAUUUUACUAUGCUGGGUAAAACAACUUUAAUAAUUUUUGCGGUCCUUCUGGAAGGAAUUGAUGGGUACAACCUAACCAUUAAAACACAAAAUGGUUACGUAAAAGGCUACGAACAAACAAGUGCUGCAAACAAGAGCGUCACAUAUUUUGCCUUCAAGGGAAUACCAUAUGGAGAACCCCCUGUAGGACCUUUACGUUUCCAGGAUCCAAGACCAGUGUCAUCAUGGGAUGGAGUAAAGGAAGUAACAGACUGGGCGAAUUUUUGUGUUGUUCUUGAAACAUCUUUAGCCGGUAAUCCUGUUGUUGGCAGUGAAGAUUGCUUAUACCUAAAUAUUUACGUUCCAAAAACAGAAAAGAGAAACGAAGAACUUUCAUUACCAGUAAUGGUUUGGUAUCAUGGAGGUGGUUUUGUGCGUGGUGGAUCUCGUCCAAAUCCCUCGUACUAUAUUGAAAAACCUGUUAUAAUUGCUGCAGUUUCAUACAGAUUGGGUAUCAUGGGUUUCCUGAGUACUCUUGACGAAAACGCGAGGGGCAACGCUGGUUUGAAAGAUCAGACUUUAGGAUUGAAGUGGAUCAAGAACAACAUACGGUAUUUUGGAGGAAACCCGGACAGGAUAACUAUAUUUGGGCAAAGUGCUGGAGGAGCUAGUGUUGAGUAUCAACUAAUUUCGCAGAAAAGCGCAGGGCUUUUUAAUCAGGCCAUAUCACAAAGUGGUAGUACUUUAAAUGAAUGGGGAUUCCAAGAAAACCCCUUGGAAUUAACAUUGAAACUUGCAAGACGGUUUAACAUAACAAGCAAUGAUACUAAACAGGUCAUUGCCGGAUUACAAAAAAUUGACAUGGAAGUACUUAUCAAAAACUCUCAGCUUGACGGAAAAUUUCUACCGAGCGUAGAAGCUGAAAGCAAUGAGGCUUUCAUUAGUCAAAGUUCUUACGAUUUGUGGGCUGCUGGUAAAUAUCACAAGGUACCAUUACUUAUUGGCUACAACUCAGAGGAAGGUGCUAAUAAUAAAAAUGGUGCCUCAAGAUACGCUACAGAUCCUAAAAAGGUGAUUCCGGCAGGUCUUCAUGUUAGUAAAAACUCCCCAGUAGCUGAUGAAAUUGUUAAAGUCAUAAGUCAAAGAUAUUUUCCUGGGAACUCAUACAGCAAUUUUACCAAUUGCAUUAAUGUAAGUAUCUUCUUAUAUAUUCAUGUAGAUGCAUGGAUUAGUUUGUUUCAGAAAAGAUUGAGAAGUUACUAA